AUGGCGACCCGCUGCCAGUUUGAGAACAACAACGACAUCGGCGUCUUCGCCAAGCUCACCAACGCCUACUGCCUCGCGGCGCUUGGCGGCGCCGAGAACUUUUACAGCGUCUUUGAGGCCGAGCUCGCAGAUCACAUCCCGGUCAUCAAGACGUCCGUCGCCGGCACGCGCCUCGUCGGCCGCAUGACCAUCGGCAACCGCAACGGCCUGCUGCUGCCCAGCUCCACGACCGACCAGGAGCUGCAGCACAUCCGCAACAGCCUGCCCGACGAGGUCGUGGUGCAGCGCGUCGACGAGCGCCUGUCGGCGCUCGGAAACUGCAUAGCCACGAACGACUACGUCGCGCUGAUCCACCCGGAUCUCGACAAGGAGACGGAAGAGAUUGUGGCGGACGUGCUCGGGGUGGAGGUUUUCCGGCAGACCGUGGCGGGCAACGUGUUGGUCGGCAGCUACUGCGGGUUCAGCAACCAGGGGGGCCUGGUGCACCCCAAGACGAGCAUAGAGGACCUGGAUGAGCUGUCCUCACUGCUGCAGGUCCCGCUGGUCGCAGGCACAGUCAACCGGGGCAGUGACGUCAUCGGUGCCGGCCUGGUGGUCAACGACUGGGCGGCAUUCUGCGGAAUGGACACCACCAGCACGGAGAUGAGCGUGAUUGAGUCGGUCUUCAAGCUGCGGGACGCGCAGCCGAGCGCGAUCGUCACGGACAUGCGCGCCAGCCUCAUCGACGCGAUGGUGUGA